AUGCCUGUCGACCGCAUGCCGCCACCGACGCAAUCUGGCUCGAAAUCUACCUUGCUAGCAGCGCAAGCUGAUAAUACGAAAGUGCCAACGUUGUCUGACUCAGAACUUACUUCUAAUGUGUCAAAACGCAUCAAAAGAAGAAAAGAAGAAAUUGGAGAAUCAGAAAUGUUAGCAUUCAAAUCAGAAAUUUUAUUUAUGUUUGGGGAGUUUGAAAAGAAAUAG